UUGAUUUGGCGCUGUCUCCGAGGCCAUCGGAGCGAGAGCCUCAAUCCAACCAUGGGUUCUGGCACUUAGGCAGCCUGGCGCAGACGGAGAGCGUGAGCGCUGCAGAGCAGAGAUCGAGGCAGACACAGACAGACAGACAGCGAGCUCUGCGGAGCGAGAGAGCCAGUUUGUGAGAGCCAGAGAGAGAAGAAAGAGCGGGAAGGAAGAAGAGAGAAGGGGCUGCCUCGGGGACCUUUCUCCGACCGGCAACAUUCACAGCCAAUGCAGCCUCUGGUGCUAUGGAAACUAAACCCCUGACCAAUGGAAAUAAUGAAGGCUACGACGUGGCAGGUCACGGAGGGGCAUGAAAGCCUUGUCCGAGGCCAGUGCCGUUGCUUGCCGGACCCAGUGCCUGUGACGGGGACAUGGGCUUCUUCUUCAGGGCUUCCAGCACAACCCAGCUCAACACAAGCCAGAGCCUCAGCCACCAGCUGGUCCAGCACCACCCAGACACCCGUGGUGGCAGCAGCACCCGGAGUGACCCUGCCUCAGAGGGCCUCACCCUACUCUUCGGCGCCACCACGCCCCUGCAGGCCCAGCACCCAGCACCGCAACCGGAGACUAGCACCACUAUGAGAGGUCUGGAGACGGAGGAGAGGAACCAUGCCAGUGCCACAUGGAUGCCAGCAGGGGGAGAAGAGCCAAGCCCGACCAAGACAGAUUGCAGGGAGCAGGCAGAGACCCAGCCACAGGCCCGACCUCAGACCCAGUUCCAACCACAGAGAACAGAUGAGAGCUGCUGCCAAGACACAAAGGAAACUCAGCAGCAGACAUCGGAACAGACAGGAAAAAGGCCCAAGUCUAACUCAAAGUUAAAGUUAGUUCGGAGCCUGGCUGUUUGCGAAGAGUCCUCUCCUCCUCCUCCUAUAACCACUGAUCUGCCUCGAGAACAUCAGGAUGAAAUUGAGAUCCAGCUCUCCCAGUCGUUUGAUAAAGAGGAGGAGGCAUCGCCCAUCAAGAAUGAGGAGGACCAAGAUAAAGGAGUGGAGAAGCUGCUGGAGAAGACUGAGAGGAUGCACAGGAAGAUGCUGUCCAGAGAUUCCAGUCAGGAAUACACAGACUCUACCGGGAUCGAUCUCCAUGAGUUCUUAGUAAACACACUGAAAAACAACCCCAGGGACAGAAUGAUGCUGCUGAAGUUGGAACAGGACAUUCUUGACUUUAUCAGUAAUAAUGAAAACCAGAAGAGAAAGUUCCCUCCGAUGACCUCCUACCACAGAAUGCUGCUGCACCGCGUCGCAGCCUACUUCGGCCUCGACCACAACGUCGACCAAACCGGAAAAUCUGUAAUCAUCAACAAAACUAGCAAUACAAGAAUACCUGAUCAGAAGUUUUCAGAACACAUCAAAGAUGACAAAACUGACGACUUCCAAAAGCGGUACAUUCUCAAAAGGGACAACUCUGGCUCAGACAAAGAUGACAGUAUGAUGCGGAUGCGGCUGAAGGAAGACAGAAGGAGUAAGUCUAUAGAGGAACGAGAGGAGGAUUACCAGAGGGCCAGAGACAGGAUAUUCGCUCAAGAUGGUCCAGAUGGCUUUGCUCUUGAAAAAAGGAUACAGGAGGAUGAUGCUUGUAACAGCACACAGCAAAGGCGGCAAAUCUUUAGGUUAAAAGAUGGCCGCUCGGCCAACAGUCGCCAGAGCAGCUCUGAGAACGAGCCCAAGAACUCUGACCCCCGGCCGUGGAGCAGCACCGACUCAGACAGCUCCAACCGUAACCUGAGGCCAGCCAUGACCAAAGCCAGCAGCUUCAGCGGCAUCUCUGUCCUUAUCAGGGGAGACAGCUCAGGCAGCAGCAAGAGCAUGGGUCGCCUCUCUAAGACUGGUUCUGAGUCUUCUGGUAGUGUAGGGUCCUCCACAGGUUCGCUCUCUCGCUCCCUGCCAACCCACCCCAUCCCGGCUCUAACCAAGGCUGGCCACCCCCACAACCACGCCGCGCUUCCCUGCCCAGCGGCCUACCCAGCUGUCUGCGCUAGUAGUACUGUGUUCUAUGAGGUGGGAGGUAGGAGUGCGGCACCGCCUGCGAACACGGCUAACACUAGCUACUAUUUGCUUCCACUGGAAGCCACAGGGAUACCGCCAGGGAGUGUCCUGGUCAACCCACACACAGGACAGCCAUUUGUGAACCCGGAUGGCAGUGCUGUGGUGUACAACCCUAACCACAGCAUGGCUCCUCAGCAUCAACAUCAUCAGCAUAAUAAUCAGCAGGGCAGGACCCAACAACCCAUGCCCCCUCCUCCACAACCGCCUGGCCAGCACCAGCCCACCAAUCACAACCACGUCCUCGCACAGCCGGUCUGGCCCCUCCAGCCCUCUGCUCAGCCUGUCCAGUACUCAUCUGUCUCUUACCCACCUCAGCUCCUCUCCGUCUCCUCUGACCAACUAUACACUGUGCCAGACAACCUGGGAGCUCAGUUCAGCCACAUGAGUCUGGCCCAGCAGGCCUCUGGGGAGGGCCCAGGCCGGGACGCCCACGCUGCCAUGUACCCCUCUUCCGUGGUGCUCCAGGCCCCCCCGCAGCAGCAGGGUUACAUGGUGCCCCCCCCCCAGGCCAGCCUGUCCCUGCCUCCCAGGCCUACAACACCCCCCCCUCCACCUGUCAACCAGCCGCUCAUGCAGCAACAAGGUUACAUGCAGCAGAUGCCAUCGUGUUACUGUGCGCCAGGCCAGUACGCCCUGUCCAACCAGCAGUACAGGCCUGUGGGUACAGUGCAGUACAGCGCCCAGCAGAGCCAGCCAAUGCCCCCGCCCACACAACAGACAGGUUACCAAACUGUGAUGCCCAAUCAUCCACAGAGCUAUCAGAGUAUGAUAGUAGUGCAACAGCCACAGAGGCAGAACAUGGUCAGUGGCCAGCAGAACAUGGUCAGUGGCCAGCAGAACAUGGUCAGUGGCCAGCAGAACUUGGUCAGUGGCCAGCAGAACAUGGUCAGUGGCCAGCAGAACAUGGUCAGUGGCCAGCAGAACAUGGUCAGUGGCCAGCAUAGCAAUAUGGGACAUCAGAUGCAAGGCAUGAUGGUCCAGUAUCCCUCCAUGCCAUCUUAUCAGGUAUCCAUGCAGCCCCAAGGCUCCCAGGGUGUGCCACAGCAGACAUAUCAACAGCCUAUCAUCAUCCCCAACCAGUCCAACCAGGGGCCCAUGCCUGGCUCUGGUGUCCAGGUCUACUACAGUGUUAUCACACCCAAUCAACAGAGCUCCUCUGUAGGGUUCCUGCCUCCUCCCGGAUCAGAGCAGAUGCAGUUCCCUCGGCCGUCCUCCCCCUGCAACUCCCAGCAACCCCUCCAUCAGACACAUCAGUGCUCAGGCGUUCCCCAUCCCACAGGUGGUGGGAUGGUGAUGAUGCAGCUGAUGUUGCAGCCGCGGCCUCACUCGCCCCCGCAGUGGAAACACAGCAAGUUCUACAGUCUGGAUCACACCAGAGGACCCAAGUCCACAGAGCUCUCCGCCAUAGACACCUCACAGAGCAGUCCCCAGCUGGGCAGUCCUUCCACCUCCCCCGCCCAGUCGCCAACCCCCUCCCUACCACACCACCUGACCAAUGUGAAGAGCAUCCGUCCAGGCAUCGCCCCCGUACCCAUGAUGCCGCAGUUCUCCAGACCCUUCGUGCCGGGGCAAGGAGAUGCUCGGUACCCAUUGCUAGGGCAACCCCUCCAGUACAACCCCCAGAUCCGUCCUCCUCUCCUCCACGUUCCCCCCAUGGCCCUCAACCAUCAGGUACAUAUGGGGAUGCGUCACAGCGGUGGAGGCGGCAGAGGGAGGAAGCAGCCGAGGAAGGCUCCGUCUACAGAUCUCCGUGUAGGUGAACCAGUGAGUGGGCGGGUCCUGGAGGUGACUGAGCUGCCGGAGGGGAUCAGCCGGACCGAGGCGGACUCUCUGCUGGGUGAGCUCUCCAGAGCCGGGGCCAUGGGCUGAUGUCUCCCAGAGCACCACUGCCACCGGGACUGGCAGGGCUAAUGGUGACCACCACCAUGCAAAACCCCCCACCCACACCCACAGUCAAGCCCCUGCCAACACAGCCUCCACCUAAACCAUCCUGGCCACGUUCCCCUCCAGAUAUGCUGUGCAGGGCACCCUCCUCCGCCACAACGGCCCCCCGAGGCUCCAUCAGACGUGCCACGGGCAGGUGCUACGGCCGAGGUGACGGCCACAGACAUCCCCUGAGAGGGCCAGCUCCCAGUAGAGGGCGCUGUGGACCCCUGGCUUGACCUUUCACCCCUGACCCCUCACCAGCACCGCCAGUCACUUCCUGUUGCCAUCACUCCCCCCAGCCCCUCCUUCCCCCCUCCCUCCUCACUCACUAAGUUGUCUUGAUGUAAAGGGUUGUUUUCCACUUGAUUUGUAGAGACUUGGUUGGGGGGAAUGUGUUGUACUUUGUAAUGUUCUUACUAGUGGUUUGACGAAAAAUAACAAAACGUAACACUGAACUGACGUGAACGAAUAUCCAAAAACCACGAUUAUUGAAGUUCCAAAUAUUAAUAACCUGUCUGCUCUCUGUUUUGAGAACAUGCCGGAACAUAUCAAAAGCCUGUAUUUUUGUUUUGUUUUAUUUGUUCAUUUGUUUUAUAGUUGAAAUCUGGAGUCAGACCCAAAGCUCAGCUCUCUCAUUAUUACUCCCCCAGCCCAGUUGCAGUGUCUGGCCUGGUUCAGUUUAACUUUUAAAAAAAGCCUCCCCACAUCCCCAGGGUAGCUGACUAUCGGCCAGCCUGCCACCAACCACUUGCCCCAUAUUGUGGCCAGUACAUGAUGAAGUUGCCCUCGGAUACAACAAUGGGUCUCUAGUUGUGCCUUUCUCUCACGUCUACCACUUUAUUCACCAAGAAACACAAAAUAAAGACCCCAGUCAGAUUCUGUUGUUAAAUGAAAAGACCUGCACCUUGUAAAUAAUUUAUAUAGUAGCUAAAUAAUUCAAUCAGUUCUCUAUUCACAGUGAACGUUCUGUAUGUGUGUUGGUCACAGGCAGGCACAGAUGAGAGCAGCGACGAAAGGCUUUUGUUUGACACCCCUGGUUUUUAACUUCAUUUAAAAAGAUUAAAAUGACACCGGCAUAUUUUAGCAAUCAUCUGCUUGGAUGGCCUCAUCUCUCUCUCCACCACACUGUCCUUCCUCUCCUCCUUCUACAAGGCCUACAGUGUCAAAUCUUUCAUUAGGUCUUUUUUAAAUUAUAUACUUCCUGGGUCACUGGAAGAAAAAACACAGUUUGCACAUUUAUACAACUGAAUAUAUAUAUAUAUCAUUUUUUUUUUUUCUUUGAGAGAAAUUAAAGAUAAGCAAACGUGUGGAUUCUGAAAGGCUGUUCAAUGCUGGUGCAAGUCAUUUUUAUUUCAUUUUGAAACCAAUAAAUGUUUACACCAAAAUAUGUGCUUUUUCAGAUCACAGGAAGUUCUUUGACAUGGAUGAGUACUCUGGGUUUCUUUCUAUCUCUGUCCAUCACCAAACAGCUUUGGAUGUCCUCUCAUGAUGUUUAAACUGACGAUUAACAUGUAUUUUUUUAUCAACACUAAGUAUAGUCCUACCUCAGAUGUCAGUGAAAGCAUAGAGAGUGGUUUGUUUUGCAAUGGGCGGAAGGUGGGGAUGUGGGUUUUAUAGUUGGUCUUAUCUAAUUUGUUUUUUGGUUGGUGCUAUUCAUCUCAAUCCAGGUUUUAUAGGGUAAUUUGUCUGCUACAUUAACCUCCCCACCAACCUCAUCUCUUCCAAUGCCUCACAUCUCUUCCACUGUCAUAUUUGACUUUCUUUCUAAUAACAUCAAAGCAAUUUACUGCAAGAAAAAUCGAACCUGCCCCACAUCUCAUCUAGCCUGGGGGAGUUAGUGUUGCCAGAAACAGUUUAAAAUGGACGGCUUCUGCCGCGUUCAAGACAACUGGGAACUAGGAAAAAUUCUGAUAGAACUUUUUGAACCGGUCAUCCAACUCGGAAAUUCAGGAACUCGGGACUCUUUCCAGAGCUCCAACUUUCUGACCUGAAGAUCACUGACGUCAGGAUUUGACCUCGUAUUUUUUCGAGUUCCCAGUUGUCUUGAACACACCAUUCAUCACUGUCUUAUCCGUCAAGUGAAGAAGUCAGUUUGGUGUCCACGGUCGCGUCAUUAAGGAUCUCCAUUCUGAUUUUGAGAUUAUUAACUGAUAAUUAAACUAACAUAUAGAGUACCUAGCUCUGUGUUGCAGUCAAGGUUGAUGAAAUGUCGCUUAAGUAAUUGAGGAAAUUCUCUCUCAGCAAUAAAUUACCCUUGGGUUGUUUUGUUAUGAUUA